UCGAGUUCUUGUUUUUCAAUCUGUCAUUUGGUAAAAUUGCAAUUUCGCUCCCAGAUUUUGUUCAAACGCUAAUCUAAAAAUAGAUGCAUUUUUAAUAUUUAAUGUGAAAAGGAUAUGGCAUCAGCACUAGAACAAUUCGUUAAUACCGUUAGGAAUCUUUCUUCGCAAGGAAAUUAUCGAGAACUUUGCGAAUAUUUAUCAAAAUCGAAUGAAUCUUUAUUAAAACAUGGGCCCCAUUUGGAUAACGUUCUUGAAACUUUAGAUUUACAACAGCAUUCUCUUGGAUUUUUGGCUGUGUUGAAUGCAAAGUUUAAUUUGUCUUGUACGGGGGCUACUCAAGAGAACAAAUUUAAUCAGGCUCAAGAUUUUAUUAAUGGUUGUAAUGGGGAACAAAUUCGAUUAGCGCCCGAUUUAUUUGCUGAAUUUUGCCAUGGAUUUACUCAUUAUUUAAUCACGCAAAAGAAAGCAAUAAGAGGGAUAAUGCUUUUAAAAAAGGCGAUAUCAAAACUCCAAUUAUACGACUCUCAAUUAACAUCCAUUCAUGCUGAUUUAUGUCAAUUAAGUUUGUUGGCGAAAUGUUUUAAACCGGCUAUCCAAAUCUUAAACAUCGAUAUAACUGGUAUUUGCCAGGAGGUGAUGGAGGACAAAUCUGCUCUUUUUAAGAAUCCACAACUUUUAAAUGGAGCCACAUUCGAUGCCAAGUACUAUCUGCUUUACUUUUAUUAUGGCGCUAUGAUUUAUUUAGCUGUGAGGAAUUUAGAUCGUGCUUUAUACUUCUUGGAGGUUGCCAUUACAACACCUGCACAUGCCGUUUCUCAUAUUAUGUUGGAGGCUUAUAAGAAAUAUAUUCUUGUUUCAUUACUUUUGCAUGGAAAGGUUCAAAUGGUGCCCAAAUACACAUCACAAGUUGUUAAUCGAUUUAUUAAACCACUUUCGCAUCCUUAUCAUGAUUUAGCAACAGCCUUUUCAUCUAAUAACACUUCAGAACUGAAUUCGGUUUUAAAUAAACACACCGAAGUGUAUACUAGAGAUCGUAAUUAUGGACUUGUUAAACAAGUAGCAACUGUUAUGUAUAAAAAAAGCAUUCAACGAUUAACAAAGACUUUUCUUACGCUUAGUUUGUCAGAUGUGGCGAGUAGAGUUGGGUUACCCGGUCCGGCUGAUGCUGAAAAAUAUAUUUUACACAUGAUAGAAGAUGAACAAAUUUAUGCAACUAUUAACCAAAAGGAUGGUAUGGUUGUGUUUAGAGAUGAACCGGAUAAAUAUAGCGGACCGGAUGUUUUAAAAAAUUUGGAAACGCAAUUAAGUCUUUGUAUGGAAUUGGAUAGACAGAUUUUGUCGAUGGAUGAAGAAAUCCAAGUGAAUCCGCAGUAUGUAAAAAAGGCAAGUGGAAUGCAAGAAGAUGAACAACCUAGUAAGAGUACCUACGCUAUGUAAGUUGAUUUACAAAGGAAGAAUGGGUUAAAAGAUGUGCAUAAGAAACUUUUCUAAUUCAACAGAAAAAUACGCGUUUUUAGGUCCAUGUGUGUAUUUAUUUGAUUGUUUUAAUUAAUUUUCAUAUGCUUGAAGAUCUUUCUGUGAAUUGAUUUGAAUGUAAAGAAUUUAUUGAAUUAAUAGAUAGAAACAUUUCUUUCUUAA